AUGUGUUCAUUUCAAAAUUUGCAGCUGCCGCAACAGCUCCUAUUCCUUCAGCAGGCAGAAUUGCAACUUAAUUUCCAGAAAAGUAGCGACCAUGGAAUCUUUUCUUUGUUACAUCCAAGGUUCAGCGGUGUGUUAGGCGAAGCUCUAGACUUGGUUGCUAGAUGGAGCAAGGAUGUGGUCACGAGCUGGAAAAGAAACAGGAAAAGGGAACUUACUGAGAAGAGAAAUGGCUGGUCAUUUAGGGAGUGUGAUAUCUUCUAUGGGUCGCUGAGAAUGAGGCUUGAGGUUCCACAUGCUGAAAUUGAUGAGUGCUUCCACUUGCUAGGCUUAUUUCCCGAAGUACCGAUCCAGCUCUUCAGUUUAGAUCAAAGGCAAUAUAGAUACUCUGAGCAAGUUCAUACAUUUAGAGUCCUUGAACGGUGUUACUAA